UCGGCAUCAUUCAUCGAUGGAGAGCUGUGGCUGGGCAAACCCAGCUUAUUGUUGCUUGCGCAAAUUCUCACUUGCAUCAAUCCUAUUCAAUACUCAUCAUCUUAAGACCAUUCGUCAAAUUGGGGCGAGUGCAAUGAAUAUGACCAGCCGCAUCCUACUUACGUCGCCCUCUCCCCGAACACUUCUCUUUUCACUUUCGACUGUUGCUGUGCCUCGCUAUCCCAAGGCAUAAUAUCAUUGACAAUGAAUCCGACUCCUGUGGAUCUUGAACCUUUCUCCUCUGUGAAAUGGGCCCUGCCGCAAGUCACUUCCCCCGGUUGGUCCAUUGGUAAUCGCUACCGCGCGGAGUCCCACGGUCUGGCCGAUUACUUCUGCCGAGACAUCAUCACGAGCAAUUCAGGAGUUUCGCACUGGGUGGAAGCAUACCAAAAGCCUUCUACAGACAGGCCACACGUGGAAAAAUCGAUAUCGCUUUUCAGUUUUGGCAAGGGGCUGGGCGGAUAUUCGGGCAUUUGCCAUGGUGGCGCCCUUAUGACAAUGAUGGACGAAGCUCUCGGGUACACCAUGGUCAAGGACGAGAUCGAGAACAAAGGCAGCGAUUGGUCGGGAGAAUGGCUGGAGAGGUUAAAGAAGGGAGAGUCGCUCUCGGACUUUCUUGUUGGGUUCAUGCUAACCGCAAAGUUGGACUUCACAUUCUUUGCUCCGGUGGUAUGUCCUGGAGUGAUAGGGAUCGAGGUUGAGCUCAUCGAACAUAAAGGGCAUAGAAUGAAGCUGCAGGGGACCAUGCGGGAUGCCAAGGGUAGGCCUUUACUCAAAGCUGUUGGAACGUGGGUUCGGCUCAGCCGGGCAGCGAAGAUGUAGUCCGAGAAGAGUUCUUAAAAUGUUGAUUUUCUUUUGUUCCAGACUGCGACAAGAGCACUCAGUGGCCAUGUGAACUAGCUGAUGUGUCCGUGGGUGUGAUUCGAACAUAUAGCAA